UAUCCGGGAGCGCGAAGUAUCGAUUCCAAUCUCCUGAGAAGCCGCCGGAACGGCUACACACAACUGGAGCAGUAGUUCUCAUAAGUUGCGAAUUGAAGAAUUUUUAUUUUUUAGUUUUCUCAAUCAGAAGAAAACGAGCGAAAAGAAUCGAAGAGAUGAUGGAGGACAACGGAGCUAGGGUUUCUUCAGAAGAAUCGGCGGCCGCUGAUGCUUCACAGCCAAGGCAAAGGAAGAGAAGAAAGUGGGAUCAGCCUGCAGAGGCUUUGGUUUCGGCCGGGAUUGCGCUUCCAUUGGGCAACGCCGGAGCUCUUGGUGCGAUCUCGGGUGCUUUUGUGACAAAUCCUCUUGCGGUUGGUUCCACCGCUAUUUCCCCAAUGCUUCAGCAACAUGCGACUGCAGUGGUACCAAAACUAAAUCAACAUAAAAUCCAGGAUGAGUUAAUAAUAGCACGGGAAAUUGUAAUAAACGAUGCUGAAUCAUCUGUUCGCUACAAGCUCACCAAACGCCAGACACAAGAAGAGAUACAAAGAUGCACUGGUGCAGUGGUGAUAACCAGGGGAAAGUAUCGUCCUCCCAAUGCACCAGCUGAUGGUGACAAGCCAUUGUAUCUCCACAUUUCUGCUGCUGCUCAUUUAAAAGAGACAGCAGAACGGAUUUUAGCUGUUGAUCGUGCAGCUGCAAUGGUUGAAGAAAUGCUGAAACAGGGUCAAGACUCCCCAGCAGUUUCUUCGACUUUUAUGACAGCUACGAGCAACAGUGUAAAGGUUCUGAGCACGUGUGUGCAUUUAGGCUUUGAUGCAGACCCAUCUUGGAACAUUGCCGCUCGAAUUCGUGGGCCAAAUGACCAGUAUAUAAAUCACAUUAUGAAUGAAACAGGAACAACUGUCAUACUAAGAGGUUGUGGUUCAGGAAACUUGGAGAGCCUGUACACUGAAGUCACAGAAGCACAGCAACCGCUGCAUUUGUUUUUGUCCAGUAAUAAUCCUAAAAGUCUUGAAGAUGCAAAGCGUUUGGCAGAGAAUCUCCUGGACACAAUCAGUGUAGAGUUUGGUGCAUCUAGGGCUUCAUUAUGUAAGGUUUAUGGUGCUGUUCCCCCACCCCAGAAUCUGUUAAAUGGAGUUCAAACUUCUGGGAAUGAACAAAAAAUGGAUCCUAGUCCAACUGCUGGUUUGGCAUCCACAGUUGUCACUGCACCUGCUUGUCCAGUUACAGUUCCUGGGUUCACUUCAGUCUAUUCUCAAGGGCCUGUAUUACCACCUGGGGGAUUGUCAAACUCUGGGCAGCCCCAGGUGAAUGCAAUUGGUUAUCCUCAGCCUGUACUGUCUGGUGGGACAAGCUAUACCGGGUAUGAAGGGAUAUACCCUCAGGCAACCCCAUUACAACAAGUAGCAUUAGCUCUUAGGCAGUCACCUUAUAUAACUGCUACAGUUACUCCAACAACGGCCACAUCAAAUACAGUUGCCUCUAUGAUGUCAUUUUCAAGCACUGCAUCAAAUUCAAGUCUUAUCUCUGCUUCUGAUUCUGAGAAUGAAAAAAAACCUCCACAAAAGCGGAAGUUUCAAGAGUUACCAGUUGGUUCCAAGGGCCCCACAAACUCUAACCAGGUAAUGAUGUAAUGUUUCCCUGCCAAUUUCAUUUCAUCAAAGCCAUAUGGUAUAACUUCUAUAUUAAUUUCGUAUCUUUCUAUCUAGUGCUGGAAAAGAAUUAGACAAAUGAAAAUUUAAAUUUUGGCUGUGGAUGAUGUCCUUGUUAAUCUUUUUCUUUGUUGACCUUGAGAUUUAUAAACUUCUUCUGAGUACUAGUACUGGUGAGUGAGCAGAUACUGGAUAAAUUUUGUCCCAUCCU